AUGCUGCACGCUGUUAUGCUAGGUAGCGGCCCGGGACGAGGGAGACACGAAUGGUAUCCAGGAUUCUAUUUGCAGCGGCGACGAAUCGGGUGCAGGAUGAACCGCGGUGAACAGGAGACGCUGUUCAGGCAGAGCCGGCAGCUGACCAGGAUCGUCCCGUCCCACGAGGACCUCGUGCUCAGCGUCCUCAAGUCGCCGAUCAGCCAGCAGCAUCAGCAUCAGCAAACCCAGCAGCAAAGGCAGCAGUACCACCACGCGCACCACUCACACGAGCACCAUGUUAACUGCCAAGGUCAUCAGAAUCAUAAGAAGUGCACGCACUCAGGUGAGAACCUCGAGAGUCUUCCACGAAGCAAGGACCAAUGCUCUAGGCUCACGGAGAAGCGGUCGAGCGCGGCGGCCGCGUACGCCGCGCUGCAGGGCAGCGAGGACGAGCUCGUCGCCGAGCACUGCCUGGACUCGGAGGACGCCGCGCUGAAGACGCCCGGCAGCGAGACCGAGGACACCGAGGACAACGGCGCCCAGAUGGACGGGCCGGACUCACCGAGCCAUCGUUUCACCUUCCUCAGGCGGUUCCGCCUGCCGCGGUUCGGCGAGGCGCACCACAAACGCGUGCCCACCCCCAUGAAGAGGAAGUACCCGCGGAACGAGGCCAAGGACGACGACAUCAUGGACAGCGAGAUGAACGCGGCGGAGGUCGAGCCGGCCAGCCUAAACCAGACCGCCGUCACCGACCCCUAUUACCCGAUCUACCUGCCCAUCGACCAGUCGUUCAAGGCCAAGUACCUGUUCCAUCACAAGAAGGGGAAGACCUUCCAGGAGAGGCUGUACGUGUUCCUCGAACACCCCGGCGGAUGGGUCUGCUUCGUCUAUCAUUUCACUGUGUUCAUGGUGGUAUUGGUGUGCCUCAUAUUUAGUGUUUUGUCAACCAUAGACCAGUACAGUAAUUUCGCGAACGAAACGCUGUUUUGGAUGGAAAUAUGUUUGGUGGUAUUCUUCGGGGUGGAGUACCUAGUGCGGUUAUGGAGCGCAGGCUGCAGAUCAAAGUACAUGGGCUGCUGCGGCAGGCUGCGAUUCAUACGGAAACCGAUUUGUAUCAUAGAUUUAAUUGUGGUGGUCGCAUCUAUGGUGGUCUUGUCAGUGGGAAGCAACGGUCAAGUGUUCGCCACUUCCGCCAUAAGGGGCAUCCGGUUUUUGCAAAUACUGCGGAUGCUUCACGUCGAUCGGCAAGGUGGUACGUGGCGACUUCUCGGUUCUGUUGUUUUCAUUCACCGUCAGGAGCUGAUCACGACAUUGUACAUCGGGUUCCUAGGUCUUAUUUUCAGCAGUUACUUCGUGUAUCUUGCCGAAAAAGAUGCUGUUGGGCCCGAUGGAAAAACAGACUUUUCCAGUUACGCGGAUGCACUGUGGUGGGGGGUGAUUACCGUGACCACUAUCGGCUACGGUGACACUGUCCCACAGACAUGGAUGGGGAAAAUAGUCGCCUCGUGUUUCAGCGUAUUCGCCAUAUCUUUUUUCGCACUUCCAGCCGGUAUACUGGGCUCCGGUUUCGCGCUGAAAGUCCAGCAGAAGCAACGGCAGAAGCACUUCAACCGACAAAUCCCGGCGGCCGCCAUGUUGAUACAGUGCCUGUGGAGGUGUUACGCGGCGGACAAAUCGUUCAACAGCGUGGCGACGUGGAAGAUCUAUCUGAAGGACCCCGCGCCGGCCGGCCAGCCGUCGACGCCACUGGGAAAGUUGAUUUGUGUAAAGAAGAUGUCUCUGAUGAUCCAGGUGGCAAAGAAGGCGAGCGUGCUGAAGAGGCGGAAGUCGAGGAACCGGAUGGACGUGCAGCAGCAGCAGCAGCAGUCGCUGCCGCCGGUCACGAUAUCCGGCGGCGUGUCCAGCGGCGCGAUCGGCGACGCCGCCGGCCAAAAUGACAAUCAACGGAUGGAGAACGAGGGUGACGUUAUCUUCUACAUGGAGGAGCCGAAAGCGGGCACGCCGAACCGUGCCAGGCGCGACAACCGGGGAAGCCUCUUCACCUCGCAGACGAGCUCCGUCACGGAGGCCACCAGUGACGAAAUUGACAUUGAUAUCGAGGAACCUCAGAGGGUCACCACGCUGACCGAAGCGCACCGGCACGCCAUAAGGGCGCUCAGAAAGAUCAAAUACUUCGUCGCGAGGAGGAAGUUCCAGCAAGCCCGGAAACCCUACGAUGUACGCGACGUCAUCGAGCAGUAUAGCCAGGGUCACUUGAACAUGAUGGUGCGAAUCAAAGAGUUGCAAAGGAGAUUGGAUCAGACCCUGGGCAAGCCAGGCAGCUAUCUGGCAGGAAUCGACCGGGCAGGCAACGUGAAGCCGAUGACGAUAGGCGCACGCCUGUACAGGGUUGAGCAGCAGUUGUCCGUGAUGGACAAGAAAUUGGACCAGCUGGGCUACGUGCUGAACGCGGUGGCGCAAAAGCAACAAAUACCCCUGCGGAGUAUAGAGGACGACGUGUAACAGAGAGUCCCCGGCGUGCUCGUGCCAUCUGUUCCGCGAUCACCGGCAAUCCCGUGGACUUUGCCCCGUGUCACCAUAACCAGCGUCGCUCCGGGCAUGCUCAGCGAGAGUCGCUGAGAACGGCUGUCCCCCGAUCCGCUGUGUGCUCGCCCGCCCCGGCUCCGGCCGGGAGAAGACACCGGGAUAUGCGCUUCCGUCCGGCCGAUCCGGCCCGAUCAAAUCGGAUUUACGGUACGAGGCGGAGGUGCGAUCACAAGGGAACCGACUCGACCGACGAGUCGUGGCUAUGAAGUAGACGCAGCGCGACAAGGAAGGAGGAAGUGAUCUGGGAUGACGAGUAUGGAGGAUGAGCGUGUUCUGGGUUCAAGGAGAAGCUUUCUUGGGAACUUGGUUUGAGAAUGGUUGCGAUUAGAAGGGAACCAAUCUAACGGACAGGUCAUGGCUGCGAAGUGAAAGCGUCGCAACAAGGAAGAAGGAGGAAGUGAUCUGUCUGCGGAUGAUGAGUAUAGAGGAUGAGUGUGUUCUGGGUUCAAGGAGAAGCAUUCUUGGGAACUUGGUUUGAGAAUGGUUGCCAUCAGAAGGGAACCAAUCCGAGGAACAAAUCGUAACUGCGAAGUGGAAGCAUCACGAGAAGGAAGAAGAAACAGGAAGCAGUCUGCGGAUGAUGAGUAUAGAGGAUGUGUUCUGGGUUCAAGAAGAAGCAUUCUUGGGAGCUUGGUUUGGAGAUGGUUCAGAAGAUUCGCGAAUUUCGAAAAAUCAUGUAAAUUGGUGGGAUUAUAGGGAGAAUGGAGAAGUGUAGAAGAUGGAUGAGCAUUGGGUUCAGGAAAGAGUAGUUUUCAUGGGAACUUGGUUUAGAAAUGAAUGUUGCGAAGAGAUUAGUGGAUUUUGAGAAAAUUAUGGAAUCAUGGGAAUAGAGGGGAGGAGGAAGACACGUCCUGUGGAUAGAAAUUAAAGGAAGAAGAAGAAGAUGUAUGGAGAAGGACACUGUUCAGAAGAAAGGAGAAAGGAAUAUUUUUUUAUUGGGAUUUGAUCUGGAAAUCGGUAUUACGAAAAGAAAGAAAAAAAGGAAGAGGGCAAGAAAGACUAAAGAACAUUGACAGGAUCGCUGACUGCACAGAGUAAAUAAAGAAAUGGUUCAGCUACUAUUUCAAAGAAAACAGAGGUUUAACAAAGAUGAAGAACCAAAACGACGAAGCAGCCAACAAACAGAAAAUAGUACAGAAAGUUCCAACUAAAAAUAACUCCUACCACGAUAAAGAUUACAAUAACUAAAAUAUUAACGAAACAGAAGGGCCCACAAACCAAUUAACAUCUCUCACGCGAAUGACCAACGAAAACAUCGAUACAAAGUCAAAGAACUCCACGAAUCCAGCCCUCUAAAAGCACAAUACACAGAAAUCCGAAUAUCCCGCAGUUCCCUUUGAACCAUCGAUCGCGCCCCGUCGCGAAACGAGGGCACCAAAGAUCCAAGGAGAGCUCGCGAGCGAAGAGUGCGCGUCUGCUGCUCGAAGUGAGCAGCGCCGAGGGACCGACAAGAUGGCGGAGGAUCGGCGCGAGUCGGCGGGAGCGAAGCUCGCCGGACGAGGAGCCGUCGUCACUUGGAUACUUCCGUAAUCGUGGGAUCGGCGAUCCCGGGGGAUCAUUGACAAAACGAUCACGCUAAACGCACAGGAACGAUUGUUCUCUUCGAGUACGGGAACGAGAACGCGUCGAAGCGGCGACUUCAGGGACGAGAACACGGGUUCUCCGCGCGGUACACCGACGGGGUGCCGACUCCGCGCGCGAACGAUCGCGGCGUCGAUCGCCAACGGUUCGUGUUUCGCCGCGUUCGCAACCGCCGAACGGAUUUCGCUUCAUCGACGACGAAGCGAGAAUCUCGAUGAACGAACGGCGUCGACUCGCUCGAACGAACGUGUUAGCGUAGCAGGAAUCGAGAGGCAGUUCCACGUAGAGGCGAAGGAACGGAUGCAAAACGUAUUGGGAACAUCUAUCGGGCCAACUAGGAAUAAUAGAGAGGAACAAUAAGCAAAUAAAGAAAAAAAACUUCCUAGAUCAGAUUAUCUCUAAAUAGGCUUACUAUACGUAUACAGAGAUGAUUAAUUGCAUAAAGGAUAUAUUAUAUAUAAUAUAUACACGUACAUACAUACAUACAUACAUGCAUACAUACAUACAGACACGCAUACAUAUAUUGUAUUUAAUUCUAUUUAUUUCUAGUCUCUGCUGGUAAAUAACGAUCAAUUAUUAAGCCUUAAAUUAAUCACGGACUUUUAAGAUUU